AUGGAGGUGGCAUCCGGGGACGAGGAGCUGAAAUCGCUGCUCCAGAACUUCCAUCGCGUGUCCCAGGGGUACAAAGAUGCACUUACGGAGGUCCAGGCUUUAAGAGUAAACUGCAGCACUGAGUUCAAAAGGCGUGAAGCUCUUGAAUCACAUAUUACAGAUCUUAAGAAAGACAAUGAGCGAUUAAGAAGACUAUACACAGAAACUUUAUUCAAGUUCACCAACCAGGUGAAAUUCCACGCAGAAGCUCAAAGCCUGAAGGAAGAGCUGGAAAAGGCAAAUAGUAGAUUGCUAUCCAUGGAAGAGGAGCACAAGAGGGAGACUGAGCAACUUAAGCACAGCAGUGAAAUGAAGAGCAAUGCCCUGGAGAACAAGCUCAGCCACACCCUUGUUCAGCAAGCAAGAGAUGAAGCUGCAAUGAAGCAACUGAAGUUGGAGCUGAGUGCCCAUAAAGCUCACAUCGACAUGUUAGGUAGCAGGUUGGAGCAGGUUACUGCUGACGUGCAUUCUCAGUAUAAAAAUGAGAUCCAGGAUUUGAGGGAUGUGAUUUCUGUUGAACAAGAGGAGAAAAAGGACAUGCACAGGAAGCUUCAGAAUGCAGAAAACGAGUUGAGGAUCACGAGGAUGAAGCAGGCGGAGCAGCAAAGGGAUUCCGUGUCGGUCCAGCACGUGGAGACGCUGAAGCAGAAGGUGAUGAAGCUCCGGAAGGAGAACGAGUCCCUGAAGAGGAGGCUGGCGAGCUCUGAAGCCUGA